UCCUCCCUCGGCGCCAUUGUUACUACUCCUUGACUCAGGUUCCAAAAUCGUGAAGAGAUAUAGGAUCAAACGACAAACACAAUGCAAGUGGGAAACAUAAUACGACGAGAAGAAAUACAUUUGCCAACUGGAACUCCGAUGUAAACUAAGUUACAAAUGGCAUUUACUUAUCGAAACCGGACAAAUUCAUACUAAGAAGCUGAGAAUAUGCAAAGCCGGUUGUUGAAAGGCAACCUCUCGAGAACCAGUCCAAACAAUAACCCUAGCUUCGUGGUUCGGAUCCGCAUAAAGACAUACUGCACACCAUCACGCUUCGUCGCGAGCGUACACGGUCAAAUUUUGUCUCUGUAAGGCCAACUUGUUGAAUACGAGCAAGGUUUCCAUGCCGCCGGCAGAGGCGUCUUUGAGUUUGAGCAGAUUCUCGUCGGUUUUGGAGAUCGAUAGCAUUGCAUUUCGCCCGUAUUCUUGAAUUUGUUGGCGGAAGAGAUCUCCUCCACCUUGUUGUCUAAGGAAUGGAUCUCAACAAGAAUCGUCGACUUUAUGUCAAGGUUGUCUAUUGAUUCGUCCUACGAGUUUCGAACUCACUCUUCAAGAAUACAGUUCCAUUUAGCGAUGGAAGGAUGGGGACGGAGGAUUUCAUCUCAACCCUCCAACUAUUUCAGUAAUCCUCCUCAGAAAGAGAAGGAAGAACAGCAACAGAAGGUUCAGCGGACGGAACCUGCGGAGAAGGAUGAUCAGAAGCCGGCGGUUCAAAAGCCUCGAAUAAAGGCUACUUCUCGGAGCAGAAGCGGGAGCAGGAAGUUUCAGACGUAUUAUCGAGCUGAGCCGGCGAGUAAUCCGCGCAAUGUGAAGGAGACGUACAAGAAGACUGAGGAUGGAGGCGAGCCUCUGCUGGAGAAAGAUGAGAAGGAAAAGAAAUCUAGGAGGAAGGGUCGCAAGAAGAACGUUAGAGCACCGAAGGAAGAGAUGCAGAGAACGUCACCAACACCUGAGGAGAACUUGAAGGAGGAAAUGCGAGAAAGGGAAUGCAAGGCUGGGGGAAGGAAAAAUGUUUGGGUAAGAAAAAUGGAUGAAAAGGAAGGGACAAAGGGUCAAUGUCGACCUGAAAUUGGGUACACCCACGAGAUGAAGGAGAUGGAAAACAAAUUAAGUGGUAUUUCAGUGAGUUCUGAAAUUGAAAGAGCGAAGACUAAUGGUGUGUACAGAGGCUGUAGUCAAGGCAAUCGGAAUCUUCAACGUUGGGCUCCCCGAAAACAGAGGAAUGUGGGAAUGAUUUGGGAGAGGAAGGAUGAACUUUCAAAUGGUAAUCUGGUUAGGAAUCUAUCAUCAGAGUGAGAAGAGAAGAAAUAGUAUAUUCAUGUUGUGUUCUUAUCUGGUGAACUGCUUUGAAUACAAGUUAGGUUACCACUAGUGGAUGGUGGUGAUAUGCAGCAGAUGAAAGAUGGAGUGCUCACUAGAUAUUGUAUGGGACAGUGGACUUAAACAAACCGAUCAAAACCACACAUUUCACCAUAAUUGUGAUUUAUGUUCAUGUUUAAAUCUUUGGAUUGAUAGAUAUGAUCACGAUAUUCAGUA